AUGGUAGGCCACUAUUUUUAUUUGCCCGGGAUUAUUUUCUUCGCUUAUUGGAAUGCUUUACAAAGUGGUUUUGCUUAUGAUGACAAUCGAGCCAUUCUGGAAAAUGCCGACGUGACUUGUAAGACACCUUGGUCUCAUGUAUUCUUUAACGACUACUGGGGAACGUCAAUCACUCAUAGUGGUAGCCAUAAAUCCUAUCGGCCAUUAUGUGUGGCUACUUUCCGUCUUAACUUUAUGCUACAUCAAGUUCGGCCAUUUGGCUUUCAUUUAGUUAAUGUCUUGCUUCAUGUUAUAUCAACACUUCUUUUCUAUCAGCUUACUAAAAGGUUACUUUAUGCAGCUACAAUUGCUGCUAUUCUCUUUGCCACUCAUCCUAUUCAUACUGAAGCUGUUACAGGCCUUGUAGGUCGAGCUGAUGUUGGCUGUUGCUUCUUCUACUUACUGUCCUUAUUGUCUUACAUGGAUUAUUGCCACGGUCAAGGAUCAUCCUUAAAAUUAGUAUUAUGCUUGCUUUGUGCCAUUAGCGCAAUGCUUAUGAAAGAGCAAGGCAUUACUGUGCUUGGUAUUUGCAUUAUUUAUGAUAUAUUCAUCCUUCAUCGUCAAACUAUCUUAAUAUUAUUAUAUGAUGGUCGUCAUGGAAGGAAGAAACGCCUUGGUCAAAUCUAUCUUGUCUUUACUCGAAGUAUGAUUUUAGUCAUAACUGGUUUCGUCAUGAUGGCUAUAAGAUGGUAUAUUAUGGGUUCCAUCACUCCAUCUUUUUCAUCAUCUGAUAAUCCAGCUUCACAUUGUGAUCAUCUUUUAACUCGAAUAUUAACAUUUAAUUAUCUACCGGCUUUUAACGUUUACCUCUUACUUUAUCCAAAUCAUUUAAAUUUCGAUUGGUCAAUGAAUGCAAUUCCUUUAAUCCAGUCUAUUCAUGAUUUUAGAAAUUUUGCUACUCUCCUGUUUUAUACUGCACUUGCCCUUUUACUGCUUAUCAUCAUGAAAUUAGUUCAUUCCAACAAUGGGAAAGGAAUUAAACAGCGGAGUAAUCAUGGCAAUGGCCAAGUUAAUAAUAUGAUAACGACAAAUGAUCACCAUGAAAAUCAUCAGUUGUACUCAAAUCAGUCCGUUGCUAGUGCUGGUAUAGAUCGAUCAACGGAUUGGAUUGUUGAUAUUCUCAUUAUGGCUUUAGCAUUGUUAGCUAUCCCAUUUCUACCAGCUUGUAACUUAUUUUUCUAUGUCGGCUUUGUUGUUGCCGAAAGGGUAUUAUAUAUUCCCAGCCUUGGAUUUUGCCUCUUGAUAACAUUAGCUGUCGUGUUGAUGUAUCAAAAAUUAAAAAAUUACAAUUUACAUCAGUGGGUUAACAUGUUUGUUGUCAUUCUUGCUCUGUUAUAUACUGGAAGGACCAUAUCACGCAAUGACGACUGGUUUAAUGAAGAAAGCCUUUACAAGUCUGGAAUACAGUAUAAUCCGCCUAAAGCUUUAGCCAAUUUAGGUAAUGUCUUAAGUGCUAAAGGAGAUAUUGAUGAAGCGGAGAAAGCUUAUAAAGAAGCUUUGUUUCAUCGUCCUAAUAUGGCCGAUACUCACUAUAACCUGGGUAUUUUAUUACAAAAUGCUAAACGCUACAACGAGGCUUUGCAAUGUUAUGAGAAAGCAAUUGAAUUUAGAAAGAAGUUGGCAGCCGCUUACUUAAAUAUCGGUGUUGUUUACGAAAAGUUAGGAAAGAAAGAUGAGGCCAUAAAGAUCUACCGUCUUGGAUCGCAGCUUGAUGAUGUUGGUCUUAAAAACCCUAAAGCUCAGCAACAUUCAAUUACAGGAAUUUUUUUCAAUUUGGGAACCUUACUACUGCGUGAAAAUCAAUUGCAGGAGGCGCUAGAUAAUUUUAUGAAAGCUGUUGAGAAAUGUCCGGAAGAUUAUCCAGUUUACAGCAUUUAUAAUAUGAUAGGAGAAACAUAUAAUCGUUUAGACAAGCAUGAUCGUGCUGAACUUUGGUUUAAGAAAGCUAUUGCAAAAAAAGUAAAUCAUCUUCCCGCGUACCUAACCUAUGCUAAAUCCAUGGCUAGCAAGGGCAAUUUAAAAGUGGCGGAAAGGCUAUACAAGACUGCUAUUCAGCUUAAGCCGGAAAACGCAGAUGCUUUAGCACACUACGGUCAAUUUUUACUCGAUCACAAUCGUAAAAUAGAAGGCGCUGAAAUAUUCGGUCAAGCUGCAAGGAUAGCACCAAAUCAGUUGUCCGUGAUAUACAACGCUGGCAAUGCAUUUAGGGAAGCUGAACUGUAUUCCAAAGCAGAGGAAUAUUUCAAGGCAGCUUUAAAUUUAUCAAAUAAGGACAUCAAUAUCUAUGUUAAUCUUGGAGCUAUAAAUCACAUCCAAGGCAAGCUGGACGAAGCUGAACAUUAUUAUUCCAUAGCUUUGAAACUAAAUCCGGACAAUCAAAUUCUGUUAACCAACAUGGCUAAAUUACGACGCCGCAGAAGUAGGAAUCAACACAAACACUAG